ACAGCAACUCUUGCCAUUUAAACCUGACUAACUUUUAAGCUGAAAAACUCAAUACAAUACAAACUUGAUGAGUUAUUGCACUAAAUACUCUGUAGAUUGAUCAUUACUGUGACACACGAAACGAAAAACACAACUUCUAUUAAGGAAAAAAGUACCAAUAAUUUACUUUCUGUAUUCUUCAGUUGAUUUUGAGAUGGAGGAGAAAAAGAAAGAGGAAAAAAAGAAGGAAAAGGAGGAGAAAAAGAGGAAGAAAAAGGAGGAGUGGAAGAAGAAAAGGAGCUGGAUCUCUUCCUUUUUCAAAUCGAUGUUCUGCUUCACUCUGGAUGUGGAGGAGGAGGAGAGAAAAAAGAACGAGAACAUGAUGGUGGUGAAGGAGGAGAUGGAGGAGGAGGAGAGAAAUUCUGAGCCAAAAUCACCCUCCAUUUCAGCAGACCAAGCCACUGAUGAUGAUCAAGAGGAGACCAUGAAGGAGGAAGAGGAGAAAGUUGAGGAGGUGGAGGUGAAAAUGGUGGAGAAAAAGAAAAGGAAGACUAGACGAGGGAGGAGAGGAAGGAACCGAAAGAAAGAGGAGGAAAUUAUAAAGGAGGAGGAGGAGAAGAAAACUGAGGAAGAGGUGGAAACGAAGGAGAAAAUUGUUGAAGAGAUGGAGAAAAUAAAAAAGGAGGAGGAGGAAGUGGAUAAAACUGAGAUGGUGAAGAAGAAGAUGGAGGAGGUGAACACCAAGAAGGAGGAGGAGGACAAUAUAAUUGAGGAAGAGGAGGAGAUGAGUGAGAAGGAGAAAAAGAGAAUUCAGGAAGAGAAGUGGAAGAACAAGAGAUGGAAGAGUGAGAGAUAUGGAAAGAAAGAGAAGACAAAGGAAGAGAAAAGGGUUGAGAAAGAGAAGUUAAAGAAGGAAAAGAAGAAGAAAAGGGUUGAGAAAGAGAAGUCAAAGAAGAAGAGAUUGAGGGGGAAGAAAAGUAAAAUAACGAAAUGGGACAUGAUGUAUGAGGAGGAGAAGAUCAAGAAGGAUGUAGAGAAAUUGAAGAAGGAGGAAGAGGACGAUGUGGGGUGUGGUGUGAUGAAGGCAGCAUUACAGUUUCAGUGUGGUGGUGGUGAUCGUGUAUAUGUCAUAUAAUAAACAGUUGAUUGUUGUUGUAUUAUAAAUAAACAAUGUAAAACU